AUGGCAGAUGCUUUGGAAAUUGCUUGUUUAUGUGAAGACGAUGAUGUGUUGCUUAUGUCUACAGUUACAGAAGACGAUGUAAAAAGUCAACAGCUAAAUCUAGACAAUUUAUCUGAGGAAGAGUUUUAUUCAUUCUUUCGAUUUCAGAAGAAUGAUAUUUCUCGCCUAUGCGAGGCAUUGUCCCUUCCAUCCAAAUUCGUAUGCCCAAAUGGUACUCGGGUAUCUACGACAGAGGGUGUCUUGAUACUGCUUAGGCGCUUGUCUUAUCCUAACAGACUAGAUGACAUGAAACCAUUGUUUAACCGUUCGAAGUCAGAGCUUUCAUACAUUUCAAACACUGUAUUGGAUUAUUUGUACCACAGACAUUCGGGUAAAUUUUGUGACCUAAAUCAAAGUUGGUUGGACGAAGAACACCUUCGAAUGUACGCUGAUGCCAUAUCAGACAUUGGUGGACCACUUCCAAAUUGCUGGGGUUUCAUAGAUGGAACAGUAAGGCCGAUAUGUAGACCUUCCGCGAACCAAAACCUUGUCUAUAGUGGACACAAAAGGGUACAUGGCUUAAAAUUUCAGUCUGUAGUGAUACCAAAUGGUUUAAUUGCAAAUAUGUAUGGCCCUAUAGAGGCAAAGCGCCAUGAUUCUGCCAUGCUAAGAAUGAGUGAACUAAUGCCGAAACUUGAACAACGCAUGACAAUGAACGAUGGUACAGUAUUCUCUCUUUACGGCGACCUUGCUUAUCCUUUGCGUGUGCACCUUAUUACACCUUUCAAAGGAGCUGUUCUCAGCAACCAGGAAAGAAUAUUUAACUGUAGAAUGUCAAAGCUCCGUUCCAGCGUUGAGUGGACAUUUGGAAAAAUCCUCUCUCUGUUCGCUUUCGUUGACUAUAAGAAAAAUCAGAAACUAUUUUUACAACCUGUGGCUAAGUAUUAUCUGGUAGCGUCAUUACUCACUAAUUGUCACACCUGUUUGUAUGGUAGUGUUACGAGCGAGUACUUUAAUCUUCCACCUCCUACACUUGAAGAAUACAUGUCAUAA